GAACGUGAAGAACGUAAACAUACGAAAUACAUAUUUUGGGGAUUUUAAAAUCAAAAUAACUCUAAUAUUCUAGAUGGUGUGAUAAUCGUUUACAAUAAUGGAACAAGACGAACCUUUUAUGAAUUCGGAUGUCUUCAAUGUGAACGAUAUUGCAGAAAUAGAAGAUUUUCUGAGCAAUUGCGAUGAAGUUUUCAUGAAGAAAUUAGAAGAAGAAUUAGCACUAGGGGAUAAUGAUACCGGUCUGUUAAGUAUAGAUACGAAAGUUAAGUCUGAAAAUGCGCCACAACCUCAAGUGUCUCCUUACUUUAACAAUUACAGUGGCAAUCCUUUAGUGUCUCAGAAUGCGCAUAAAGUUAAGUCACAGCAGAUACCACAAGUGACUCCUCUACCGGUGACGCCUCAAGGGUCUCCACAGUUGAAAAGUAGUCCAGUUCGGGGAGUGUAUGGUAGAGAUGAAGGGUAUAAGUUGCGGACAGAAGGUUUGCCGCUACCCGACGUUACACAGCAGACGCAGCCCCGGCCCGCUGCGCAGGCUCCCAUGAUUGUCCAGCAAGUUGUCCAAAGUCCAGUGUACCUAAAUUUAGCUCCUGGAACCUUGCAACCUUUGCCUGACGGUAGAAGCUCUCUGUUACAAAUAGAUGGAGUCACACAAGUUAAACCACCGAAAAAUACUCCGCCUAAUCAGCCUUUACUAAUAAACAAUAAUACUAAAGGCAUGACACCUGUAAUAAUUAAGAGUACAGAUGCUAAUUUCUCUCCAGUUAUUUUCCAGUCAAAUAUAAUUAAUCCUGAGACACAGACAUUGAUGUACACCAGUGCACCAGUACAAGGAACAACACAAAAUGUCAUAACCAAUCCAAAAGCUGGACAAGAAAACAGACCCAUCCAGACAUUUUUCACCACAAGCAGCACUCCCACUCUCUUAGCGACCGGUAUCCCUGUAGUCCUGGAAGGGGAUAAGAUAGCACUCAGCCAAGCCCCGCACACCGGCCCGCCUAAAGUAAAGGAGGUGAAGAGAAGUGCUCACAACGCUAUUGAGAGGCGGUACCGAACCAGUAUCAAUGAUAAAAUUGUGGAGCUGAAAAAUAUGCUUGUUGGGGAAGAGGCUAAGUUGAACAAAUCAGCUAUAUUAAGAAAAACAAUAGACUACAUAAAGUACCUUCAGAAUCAGAACAACAGGUUGAAACAGGAGAACAUGGCUCUGAAGCUAGCUUGCCACAGGUCUGGGGUCAAGGACCCUAUUCCGGAGGGCAACUACACUCCACCGCACAGCGAUAUAUCCUCACCAUAUCAUUCUCCACAUGGGAUUGACAGUGACUCACCAUCAUCACCAGAAUAUAAGGUGGAAGAGAAGUAUUCGAAGAUUGUUAUGGGCAUGGGAGAUCAUUCUCGCCUGGCCCUUUGUGCUUUCAUGGUGGGAAUCAUAGCAUUCAACCCCUUCAGUUCCUUCUUUGGAGGUCUAAUGUCUGAAUCCUCCUCCACUGCGGACUUCUCGGCAAGGAUUGAUCAAAGGAGAAUAUUGUCUGAAGAUGAUAGCAGUAAGUACACAGGUUAUAGUGGUGUAUCUUGGACUGCAUGGUUCUUCAAUAUGUUUCUUAUUUACUUCAUAAACAUAGUGAUUCUUGGAGGGUGUCUCAUAAAACUUCUCGUUUACGGCGACUCUGUACCGAAAUCACAAUCAAAGGAGGCUGGACUCUUCUACCAACACAAACGUCAAGCGGAUAACUUUAUUAUGAAGAACGACGUCGCAAACGCUAGACUGGAGUUGCACCGCGCGCUGGCCGUGUGCGGUAAGAGCGUGCAGGCCGGGGGGCAGGGCCGCGCCAGCUACCCCGCGCUGGCCGCCGCCGUGCUGCGUCAGGUGCUGCAGCGGCUGCCCUUCGGCGGCUUCCUGGCACGCCGCGCUGGCGACCUUUGGCGGGACAGCCCAGCCAGAAGAGCCACGCAGCAAUGGGCCGGUGAAGUAUCCACAGUGUCCCACCGUCUCGCGCAACUAGAGCUGGUCUCUCAACACAACGGGCGAAGCGAGCGCGUACUGCUAGCCCUGCAGGCGGUCAACUUAGCCGAGGUGGCUGGGAACCGACGCCUGCUGGCGGAUACAUACGUCACGGCCGCGCUCGUCUUCAAAGACCAUAUGCCGAGGAUCGGCCAUUGGCUGUGUGGAUACUACCUGCGUCUGUGCAAGGUCGUGUGCCAGGAUUCCUGCCUGACGGUGCCAGUACGCCUUCGCUGGGUGGCCACGGCGCGCGGGCAACGCUUCCUGCGCACUCGGCGCUGGAGCUACGAGCAGCAGAGUUGCUUGUUCAGCCGUACGACCGCCCGCGCCGACCCGCUCGCACCCGCUAUGAGAGCUUACCACCUCGAGCUGCUACAGAAGAGUCUCCAGAUGCUCUUAAUUGCGGACGAGCGCAGCAACACUCGCGACGUUUUAGAACUUGUCAAGCUCAUUACUGACGAUGUCUCGACCGACGCGCCGCAGCACACAGGAUGCUGGGACCCAGUAAUGGAGUGGUGGGCGAAUAUAGUAGGCGUGGCAGCGACAUGGCUUCUGGCGGACACGGGCAAGGCGACCGAGAUUGGAGACCGGCUGAAUCUGCUGCCGGAGUCGCUAGCUCGCUGCGAGGAUCCUUUACCGGGGGCUCUGCACAUGGCGUAUAAAAGCCGCCGUGGCCUACUGAGCUUGGUGCAUUGCCGCGAUGCAGCGUCGUUGGAGAGAACCGCCGAGACCAUACUUAAGGUGUGCGACAUCGCUGGAGCCCGACUAGCCGAUUCGCUAGCCUACUACUGCUGCCGCAAACCUACCCAACUUAUGAUGCUGAUGCAAGUGUUAUGCUGCGAUUGGGUGCUGGAGGUUCGUGCGGGCGUGUGGGAGGCGACGGUGCCGGACGGCGAGCCGGCCCCGCACGUACAGCUGCGCUCCUUCCAGCGCGAUUUACACUCGCUCCGUCGGCUUGAGCGCGACCUGCCUUGGGUCUCCGGUCGGGUGUUCCUUCAAUCAGCAGUGUGCCGCAUGAUGGCGGGCGCGGCUCCGCGCCGCACGCAGCAGCUGCUCGACGGCAGCCUGCGGCCGCGCCUGCACCGUUCCUCCGUGAUCUGCGGGAAAGAGCGCGCGUUGGAGGGCGGCGGAGGCUCUGGCGAGCGCGCGGUGGCGCUGUACAUGGCGUGCCGCCACCUGCCGCCCGCCGUGCUGGCCGCGCCGGGCGAGCGCGCCGGCAUGCUCGCGCAGGCCGCCGCUACGCUUCAGAAGAUUGGCCACCGCUCCCGCCUACCACACUGCUACCAUCUCAUGAAGUCUGUCAGCACUCUGCCAUCGGCGCCUUGAAACUCUCGAACAAUCGAAUUCGUAAACUUGUAUCUCGAUACUGACAUUUUGUAUAAAGUUGUUGCGAGCUAGUUUGUAUUCAUUCAGCUACUCUUGUAGCGAGUACGCGUAUGUUAACCUAACUUAUGAUUUAGGUGUAUUUUUCAAUAAAUUUGUUUUAAGGUUUAAA